CAUAGUAUCAUUGUAUGUCUGUAACGUAUGCCAUCCUAAAAGGAAGGAAAUAUAUAGUCAUACACUGCAGUAGCAUUAUCAGAUAAUAGGAAAAACUUGUGAACAUGGGUCGUGUUAUUUUGUGUGUUUUGUUUGUGAUUUUCGAUUUUGGAUUGUGUUAUAUUAAUCUGGCAGAUAUAGAAUGCGGUGCCCAAACCUAUAGGAAUGCACGUAUUGUGGGUGGUACAAGCAGUCAGCCAGCUGAGUUCCCAUGGGCUGCCAGCAUCUGGAGACAAGGCACCCACCAGUGUGGUGCCACAGUCAUAAGUGAUCGUUGGUUGAUCACAGCUGGGCAUUGUGUUUGCAAUGUAUUCGAUGCCUUUUAUAAGGCAAAACAGCUGACAGCUGUCGUUGGCUUCACAGACAUAUCUACUUCGGAUAGAAACGAAGCGUUAUCAAGCAUAGUACCACAUCCCGACUACAGAUGCAAGAAGAAGACUAACGAUGUUGCCUUACUGAAAACAAUUCGUCAGCUAAUAUGGAGUAGUUCCAUUCGACCUGCAUGUCUACCACAACCUUUAGAUUCAGACUACAGCGGACAGUUGGCUACGGUAGCUGGUUGGGGCUUUACUCACGAAGAUAGGGGUAUAGGCGAGAGGCCCAAUGUUCUUCAAAAGACUGACGUUCUAGUUGUUGACAACGAUGUCUGCAACGAUUGGUAUAAAUCCCAGGGUAGCAAAGUUCGCAUAAUUGGUACUCAAAUGUGUGCAGGACACGAGACUGGUGGUAAAGAUUCUUGUUGGGCUGACAGCGGCGGCCCACUGAUGACUAAAAAUGAAAAUGGUCACACUACGCUCAUAGGAGUUGUUUCAACUGGUAGUGGAUGCGCAAGAGCAAAGAUGCCUGGUAUCUAUACAAGAGUAUCUCGAUACACAGAAUGGAUACAGGCAAGUGUUAGUGAAGACACAUCACGUUCUAGUUUAAGAUGGUUUUCGGGAGCACAUUAGACCUAGAUCUGUUGUAGCUCUACAAAUACUAUAUUAUCUAGUGUAGUGAGGUAACACUCAAAAAAGAGCAAGGGUUGGCAACGUUCCAUGGGCAGCGGUAUGGCCAGCCUCUAUGCUCGUUUUCUCCCCAAGCCGGUUUUAUUUUACUCAAUAGCGAUUUUAAGUUUCAUUUAGUCUCUUC